UGGAUAGUGCAAACAGAUAAGAAGCAAUCAAGAAGCAAACGAGUGUGUGCGUGUGUGUGUGGUUUUGUGCGUGUUUGGAACGUAAAAGGAGCCGCCCGUUCGAGCGCUGUGUGAAGCGAUAGUGCGAGCAGUCAGUAACAGUGCUGGAGGACACCCCGAAACAGGAUUUCUUCGACUGUCCUCGAGAAACGGCCCCUUCGGGUGAUCGUGCUCAUCAAAGGAAACCGGCCGACGGCAGCAACAGCAGCAGCGAAAAGAGCAAACCGACGCAAGAAAAGCGCGACGGUUCGGUCCACCAUCGAUCACCCGUUCGUUUGGUGCGCACGGAGCGAACAAGCGUUGCAUAACCUCGACAAAGUGGAAAACACCUCAAUGAAAUCAACAUGGAGAAACACUCGAUAGUUAGCACGAUACUAUACAUUUUGACAAUAACAACUUUCACACAUGGCGCGCAGAUUCCAUCCAUGAAGCGUUCGGCGACGAUAUUCACCAAGGAACCGACCGUGCGGAUACAAUGCCAAUCGGGUUCGAUGCUGAUCACCAUCAAGGAUGCACCGGCCAACCUGAACGGACAGUUCAGCGGGAUGGUGUAUCCGAAGGGGUUGGCGAAAAAUUCGACCUGCCUUACCGAGUACCACGAGCAGGAAGGACCGCUGCGAUACAAACUGCCACUGAAGAGCUGCAAUACGAUGCCGAUCGAGACGGAUGACGGUGGUAUCGAGUUCUUCAACACGAUCGUUCUGCAGCCUCAUCUCAAGCUGGUCACUGAUCUGGGGCGGGGUUAUCACGUACGCUGUCGGUACAAGAGUCGCGAGGCGGCCUUGAAGAACGUCUCGUUUCGCCACAAACCGUCCGCGGACAGCCGACCGCUGGCACUGACCAGCGCUGAAGGUGCCGGUACCGAUCGACGGGAGCAUGGUCGCUCGAUGGACAGCAGCAGCAGCAUUAGCAAGGACGAUCAGGCAGUAAUGGAGGACGAGCAGGAAGUGAAACCGAUGCCUGGCUGUCAUAUGAAGAUUUUCACCGGCGAGAAGCUGGCGGAAAACGUGAAAAUUGGCGAUCCGCUUACGCUGGUGAUCAACAUCGAUAAGCAGGAAGAGUACGGGCUGCAUGUGACCGAUUGUUUGGUGCGUGAUGGACUCGGCUGGGGCGAGCAAAAGCUGAUCAACGACGAGGGUUGUCCGCUGGACAGCGAAAUUCUCGGUCCGUUUGAGUACACUGCGGACAGGAGCAAAGCAACGGUCACGUUCCCAGCGCACAAGUUCCCUUACACGUCGUCGGUGUACUACCAGUGUAAUGUGAAGCUGUGCGCGUUGAAGGAUCCGGACUGUCAUAAGACACCGACCUGCUCCAACAAGAAUCGGCGUACCAAGCGGCAGACAGAUGAGGAAGGGCAACCGGCCACGAUCGAAGUCUUCUCCGGACUUCAUGUCAACGAGAACGCUGAAGUGCUCAGUGAUGAUGCUGAUUCGGUGUUCAAGGAGAAGACACCGGACGAUGCCAUCUGUGUGUCCCAGCGUAGUUUCGCCGUUGCCAUAGCCAUUGCCGGUCUCUGUCUGAUGCUGGCCGUCGUCCUCGCCGUGAUGUGCAUCGUUGCCCGUCGCAGCAGCAAGUCCGUGUCCAACUCAGGCAGCUCCAUCUACAGUGGUCCCUACACAAACACCGCCUUCUCGCAUAGCAGCUAAUCCUUUCCCGACUCGAAGUAAAACGGGGCGGACACCAUUACCGGGCUUCGUGUUCACCUUCACUGUGAUGCCUUUUGGAUGUUGUAGCGGCAGUGUUUUUCCUCCGACGAACGAACGCUACCUUCGAACGACGUGCGAGACAAUUCUUGCACGGAACAUAACCUAACCUUUAGUAAAGGGUACACACAAUUCACGACACGUCAAUGCGCGUUAUAGCUUUAGGAGACGAUUUGAGCGAGGGGCGACACUAGCGAUUUAGAGUAGCAGAAUUAGACUUACACGAAAUGAACAGUAGUAGUAAGGUAUUACCGAAGCAAUCUCCACACGGGACCGCGUUCAGUACGAAAGAUUGCUUCGCUAAUAUCGCAGAGAUCAUGGGUUUGCGGGGACGAGCAGUCAAAGAUUCGUCCCGGCCGGGGUCUCUGGAAAGCACAACUAACUCCUCGUUUUACUAGAAUACUUAGUGCAGAAUGCUAGACAUGUAUGGAGCUAUCCUUCAUUUGUUACUUCGUAGCACGAACCGAUCGGCGAUCUCUUGCGCGAUCGAACUCCUAAACAUUUCGCUUACAUUAUCGCUCACUUUCCGGAUCUAAGUCAGGUGAUGGGUACCGCUGAUAGACUUGUCUAGUUUAAUAUUUACUCUCCUCGCCCUUCUAAUUUAAUCUCUGAUAACUGAUACGUCCACCAGUCCUAUCAAACCCCUUUCUUAUUGUUGUAACAGGAAGAUGAAGAGCGAGCAAAGCAAGCGCACAAUUGCAAUAUGAUUGAAACAUUUCAGUACUCCCCGUGUUCCCAGUGUCUGACGUAGUGUCCACCAUAAUGUCAUCACGGACGGUUGGUGGCCGUACAAAUGCCUUCCGCUCAAACUGCCAACUUUGAUAUGCACUGUAAAAAGUAUCGCUAAUUUUAAUACUUUUAUAUUUAUUUAAUCGUACCCAAUGUAUUUGUUUCCGCCCCGAUUCCUGCUCCUGAUCCUGUAGAAAUGUUCUCUCGUAUUGCGGUUGUGUUGUGCAUAGCGUAAGAGAUGGUGUUGGCGAUGUCCAAUACUAAAACAAUCCAUUACUAGGAAGCUGGGGUCGUUGCAGUUAGGGAAGUUUAUAAUUUUAUGCACAUGUAGCAAAAUGAAACCGUAGAAUGGAAUUCAUUUAACGUAACUACGGCGAACGUACCCCGUAUCGAACGUACUGAAACGAACUAGUAAGCACAAGGGUUAGAUGAUAGAACUAAAAUAAAAUGUGAAUAUAACA